GGGUGUGAGUGUGUGUUGGCACUAUGGAUGGGGUUGGAGUUGGAGAUCUCUCGGGUUAUCUGAACGGUUCCAGUGAUGACAAUUACGGGUUCGCCGCGGAUCAGUGGUCGGACAACAGCAGUGACCCGAUAGCGGAGUGGGAACCCGCCAUCAGGACCACCAUCAUCACUGUGUAUCUGCUGGUCUGUGUGGUGGGGCUACUGGGAAACUGUCUGGUCAUGUAUGUCAUUGUCAGGUACACCAAGAUGAAGACAGCGACCAACAUCUAUAUUUUCAACCUGGCCCUAGCGGAUGCGUUAGAAUUAAUUACGUUGCCCUUCCAGGCCACAGACACUCUCCUUGGCUCCUGGCCCUUUGGGAACGUGCUGUGCAAGAUCACCAUUUCCAUUGAUUACUACAACAUGUUCACCAGCAUCUUCACUCUGACGGUCAUGAGUGUGGAUCGCUACACAGCCGUGUGUCACCCCGUCAAGGCGCUGGACAUGAGGACUCUGCACAACGCCAAGAUCAUCAACGUCUGCAUAUGGGUCCUGGCUUCCGUGGUGGGAAUUCCCGCAAUGAUUUGGGGAUCAGCUGAAUCGGAAAACAAUGCCGUGGAGUGCCUACUGGUUCACCCCCAGCCCCACGCGUACUGGAAGCCCACCAUUAAAAUCUGCGUCUUCCUCUUCUCCUUUGUCAUCCCUGUCACCAUCAUCACCGUCUCCUAUACCCUGAUGCUCAGGAGGCUGCGGAGCGGGCGGGUGCUGUCGGGCUCCAAGGAGAAGGACAGGAACUUGCGACGCAUCACCCGGAUGGUCCUGGUGGUAGUGGCCGUCUUCAUCAUCUGCUGGACUCCCAUCCACAUCUUCGUCCUGGUGUUGGCGGUCAGCGGCCCCCCAACCAGCGUAGCCAUCAUGGGCAGCCUCCACUUCUGCGUGGCCCUGGGCUACGCCAAUAGCAGCCUCAACCCCGUCCUCUACGCCUUCCUGGACGAGAACUUCAAGAGGUGCUUCAAGGAGUUCUGUUUCCCGUCUGCCUUCAAGAAGGACCUCGCCGCGUCCAACGGGAUGAGGAGCAUCACCCGGGGUGCGGCUUAUUCCCUCAAGAACACAGAUCGGACCGAGAACGUGGCAUGACUAGACGUGGGCAGGGCCCCUUCACCCACGGGCCAGCAGGAGAGCAAGAUGAACUCCAACGUGGAGUUGACUCAGAUAACAGCUUUGUGAAAAGAAAUAAACCCCCUUUAGUGGGGAGGGUUGUUUUUUUUCUGGUGGUGCAGGACAGUGUUAUGAAAAUGGACGAGCCUGGAUUCUGGGAAAGUGAGGGGGCUUUGCGUCUGUCUUGAGAAUCAUUGCGGAUGACAGGCUUUCAAACUCGGUAAUGAUACCCAACAAAGUCAUCAUCUACUCCUGCUGCUGUCCCUAUACUGAUCCUAUGGCGCCCAUAUCACCAGGCACUCUCCAAGCCCUUCACGGGGAAUUGUUGUCAAGUGUAGUGACUGUGGAUUUGAGAUUAGAGGCUGUUGGUUCUGCAAAUCCGCAAACAGCCAACCAAGCGUACAGCCCAUUCAUCAAGAGGACUGUCGGCCCAGGACACUGGGAGUGAGAGACUCCCAUCUCUUUUCCAAUAGC